AUGAAUGUUCAACAGACUCCCAUCGACAUCAAGGUACCAGCGUCAGAGGAUGUGGUCAGUGAGCCAGGGCCCCCCUCAGGCGUCGCAGAUCAACACGAUGUUAUUCAGGACGACGACUUGGACUUGAUGGAGCUUACAGGCCACAAGCCUGUUCUGCAGCGGAACUACAGUCGUUUCGCCCUGCUAGCCUUUUCCUUCAUGAUUGUGGACUCCUGGUCAGGUAUCAUUGGAUCUCUUGCAACUGGGAUUUCUAGCGGUGGAACAGUGAUGCUCAUCUACGGCUCGAUUGCGGUGACCAUAUUCACCAUGGCAGUGGCUCUUUCGCUGGCCGAAAUCGCCAGCGCGUAUCCCACAUCGGGUGGCCAAUAUCAUUGGACGGCCGUGCUCUCACCCAAGAAGUACAGCGCCAUCCUCAGUUGGUUCUGUGGCUAUUUCAAUGCGGUGGGGUGGUGUGUCGUAUGUGCUUCGAUCACAGUUAUCCUAGGCCAGUUUUUCAUGGCCAUGAUCAUUCUGACGCACCCUGACAUCACGUACCAUCGAUGGCAAGGGUUCGUCGUUUACCAGGCCUUCAACCUGCUGUGCUCCGUGGUCAACGCGUAUGGACGAAAGGCUCUCCCCUACAUCCACGGAACCGGAUUCUAUAUCUGUUUGACGGCUUUCUUCCUUGUCAACAUGACCAUGCUCGGGACCGCGUUCCCGAAAAACUCGGCCAAAUUCGUGUUUGGAACCUUCACCAACAACACGGGCUGGAAGUCCAACGGAAUUGCCUUUAUUGUUGGCCUCACGAAUCCUGCCUUUUCAUACGGGGGCUUGGAUAGUGCCGUUCACAUGGCCGAGGAGAUGAAAGAUGCAAGAAAAAAUCUGCCCUUUGUCCUCAUCAGCACCGUCUGUAUUGGUUUCGUCACCUUGAUCGUCACCGCCAUCACAAUCUGCUUCUGCAUGAUUGAUCUGGAUAAGAUCCUCGCCACCAGUACUGGUGUGCCCAUCCUUGAGAUCUUCUACCAAGCUACUGAGAGUAAAGGCGCUUCAAUCUUCUUACUGUCCGUCCUGUUCUAUUUGACGACUGCUGCCAUCCUGGGCUCGCAGCAAACGGCAAGCCGUCUGAUAUGGGCUUUUGCGCGCGAUGAGGCUCUGCCCUUCAGCAAACAGCUGAGCACGAUCGAUACCCGCCAAAAGGUGCCUGUGAACUCUACAAUCUUGUGCUGGGCGAUUGUCGCCGUUCUUGGGUGCGUUUAUCUGGGGAGUUCUACCGCGUUCAACGCCCUUGUCGGCUGCAACGUACUGCUAGCCAAUAUUUCCUUCGCGUUCCCUAUCGGUCUUCUGCUCUUCGGUCGUCGAAAGUAUCUGGAACAUGCCACGUUUUCGCUCGGCAAUAAGAUAGGGCCGGCGGUCAAUGCCAUCGCUCUUGCUUGGAUUGUUUUUAUGGUCAUCUUCUUUGACUUUCCCUUCACGAUGCCAGUCCACGCCGAUAACAUGAACUAUUCUUCCGUUAUAAUCGGUGCUGUUGUGCUAUUCUCCAGUGCAUAUUGGCUGUGGAAAGGACAUGACAGAUACAAGGGCCCUAAGAUGGAGGUGGGAAUCGAUGCCGCCUUCAACCUGCAGCUUGCAAAGCAAACCCGGGAGCAUAGAUCAUGA